UCUGGGUGUAGUAAGAUGGCGGAACGUCAGGGGCUCGGGGUGUACUAAGAUGGCGGAAUGUCAGAGGCUCUGGGUGUACUAAGAUGGCGGAAUGUCAGAGACUCUGGGUGUACUAAGAUGGCGGAAUGUCAGAGACUCUGGGUGUACUAAGAUGGCGGAAUGUCAGAGACUCUGGGUGUAGUAAGAUGGCGGAACGUCGGAGGCUCUGGGUGUAGUAAGAUGGCGGAAUGGCAGAGGCUCUGGGUGUACUAAGAUGGCGGAAUGUCAGAGGCUCUGGGUGUACUAAGAUGGCGGAGAGCGACUUCCGCCGCUAGGGGACUAUUUCCGGUUAUCUGCUCGUUUCGCCCUCGUGCUUCCUCUCCAGCAGCCGCACAGCUCGAGACAACAUGGAAAGGGGGGGCAGAAAGAGACCCCAAAACACAGAGACCACCGAGGAGACGGAGACCCUCUUACUUGGGAAAGCUGAUGUGCUGAGUGAUGGCGACAGCGAGGAUCUCAGCGACAGUGAAGAAAGCGUUUACUCUGGCCUAGAAAGCUCUGGGAGUGAAAGCAGUGAUGAGGAAACGGAGGGCAGAGUGGAAGAGGAUGGAUUAGAUAAUGGGGAGACACCCACCCUAAACGUAAAGACUUCCAUUCCCAGGAAAGCGUUAAAUCAGUCGGAGCAGAGCGGGCCUUCCGCACAGAGUAACGAGUAUGAGCAUGACUCGUCUGACGAGGAGGACAUUCGAAACACGGUGGGCAAUAUCCCCAUGGAAUGGUACCAGGAUUUCCCGCACAUUGGGUACGACUUGGAUGGACGUAAAAUAUUCAAGCCCUUGCGAAGUAAAGACCAGUUGGAAGAUUUCCUGGAUAAAAUGGAGAACCCAGAUUACUGGCGGACUGUCCACGAUAAGAAGACUGGUCGGGAUAUUAAACUGACAGACGAACAGGUUGACCUAGUGGAACGGCUACAACAGGGAAAAUUUGGAGAUUUAAAUUACAACCCGUACGAGCCGGCUGUGGAUUUCUUCACCCAUGAGACCAUGAUCCAUCCUGUGACCAACCGUCCAGCUGAUAAACGAAGCUUCAUACCAUCUCUCAUUGAGAAGGAGAAGGUGUCCAAGCUGGUCCAUGCUAUAAAGAUGGGAUGGAUCCGCCCCAGAAAGCCCAAAGUAGAAACUGCCAGUUACUAUGACCUAUGGGCACAGGAGGAUCCAAAUGCCAUCCUUGGGAGACACAAGAUGCAUGUUCCAGCUCCAAAAGUGCCCCUACCCGGGCAUGAGGAGUCCUACAACCCUCCCCCAGAGUAUUUAAUGACUGAAGAAGAGCGUCUGGCGUGGGAGCAGCAGGAUCCAGAGGAUCGAAAGCUGCCAUUCGUUCCACAGCAUUACAAAUCCCUGAGAGCGGUGCCUGCGUUUUCACGUUUUAUACACGAACGGUUUGAGCGAUGUCUCGAUCUCUAUCUUUGUCCGCGCCAGAGGAAGAUGAGGGUAAAUGUGAAUCCAGAAGAUCUAAUUCCUAAACUGCCAAAGCCCCGGGACCUGCAGCCAUUCCCUACUUUUCAGUCACUAGUAUAUCGUGGUCACACGGACCUGGUGCGUUCAAUCAGUGUGUCCCCCAAUGGACAGUGGCUAGUGUCAGGAUCUGAUGACUGCUCUGUCCGAUUCUGGGAAGUGAGCUCAGGACGUUGCAUGAAGUGUGUGCUCUUGGAUGGGGCUGUGAAGAGCGUCAGCUGGAACCCAAAUCAGACACUAGUUCUGGUGGCAGCAUGUGUAGAUAAAUCGGUUAUUCUGUUGAAUCCUGGACUGGGUGAUCGCCUGUUGUGCAGCGCUACUGACCAGCAUUUGAGCGCGUUCCAGCCCCCUGAGGAGGAGCGCCAACAGCUAGUAAAGUGGGAGGAGUGUGAGGGGGCUCAGUAUGAACAGGGUCCGCGACUGGUCAUUCAUCAUGAAAAGGCAGUGAAGCAGGUCACGUGGCACGCCAAGGGAGAUUAUUUUGCCGUGGUUCUGCCUGAUAAUGGAAACUCACAGGUUCUUAUCCACCAGCUGAGCAAACGCCGAAGUCAGAACCCCUUCCGUAAAAACAAAGGGCAAGUUCAGCGAGUUCUUUUCCACCCAACCAGGCCUUUCUUCUUUGUAGCCACUCAGAGAUACGUCAGAGUAUACAACCUCCUAAAGCAGGAACUUGCCAAAAAACUACUCUGCAACUGCAAGUGGGUGUCCAGCAUUGCCGUGCAUCCAGCAGGUGAUAAUUUGAUCUGCGGAAGUUAUGACUCCAAACUGGCUUGGUUUGAUAUGGACCUGUCCACGAAACCAUACAAAGUGCUCAGGCACCACAAGAAAGCCCUUCGAGCUGUGUCUUUCCACAGACAGUACCCACUGUUUGCGUCUGGGUCGGAUGAUGGCAGUGUCAUAGUGUGUCAUGGCAUGGUGUACAAUGACCUCCUGCAAAACCCCCUCAUUGUACCAGUGAAGGUUCUACGAGGACAUGAAAUCACCCGUGAUCUCGGAGUUUUGGAUAUAAUCUUUCACCCGACACAGCCCUGGGUCUUCUCUUCUGGAGCAGAUGCCACCAUUCGUCUGUACACCUAAUGUCACCAUUCCAGGUUCGGGCUGGAUGUUCCUUGGCAUUGCGUGGCUGAUAUGAACAUACAGCUCACGUACCAGAUGUAGGGCAAUAUCCUUUUAUUCCACACGUUAAUAAGUGACCAACGUUUCUUCCAGCUGUGAACUUUCUGUGGCCCUGCUGUAUAUAACUUGAUGGCUUUGUAUUCUUUAUUGCUCUCUCACAAUCUGAGGGAGGUGUACAGGUUUAAAAUAAACACCCGGCUCUUGGUCUUUAA